ACCAACAAAUUUUACAAUAUCCACGUAACAACGUGAUUGAUUAAACAACGCUUUCUUUUUUAUAUAUAAAAAAUGAAAAGUUCGACCAUCCAUUUUUAAUUGUUAUGUAUUCAUCGGAUAGAAGGAAACACGUUUUAAUUAAUGUCAUUUCCAAGAUGUUCAAAUACAUAAGUUCUGGAUACUAAUUAAACGUUUUGCAAUUACAUUGUAUUUCAUUCUCAAGCUUCGUGUUUGAUAAUUACCCUUUGUUAUAAAUUGAUACCUUGUAUUAACGCUAAAUUUUGUACUUCUGUCAAAGUUUAAGUUUUUCUUUGGCUGUUAUACCGUAUUAUUAAAUAAAUGUUCUCGAUCAAGAAGAAACGUUUGCAUAUUCAUUAGAUAAGCAAGAUUUGAUUCGUGUUUUUGAAUUGAUACAUACAAUUUGAAAAUUAUGGCGACCAAUUAUCACUUCCCGUUUGGGCAAAAAGUGAACACUUAUAAAUGCUACGAAUUCGUUUCCCAGGAAAACAGUUCACUACUAUUUUUUAGUACAUAAAGAAUCGACUUUUUUAUUUUUCUAUCAACUGCAACGAAUCGUUGAGAAAAUGAGAGCAGCGGAAAUUUGGCUGGUAUCAUUGUACUAUCUGAUAUUGCAAAUCGCUCUUGUUUAUGGAGGAAUUAGCGAUAUCGACGAAUUUAGAGAAAUGACAUCAAAAUUCAGGAAAAAAUGUAUCGGUGAGACUAAAACGACAAUUGAGGUUGUCGAAGCUACGGAAUACGGAGAAUUUCCUGAAGACGAGAAAUUGAAAUGUUACUUCAAUUGCGUAUUUGAAAAGUUUAAUGUGAUGGAUAAGAAAAAUGGAAAGAUAAAAUAUGAUUUACUAAAAAAAAUAAUUCCAGAAGCGUUUAAAGAAAUAGGUAAAGAAAUGAUUGAUUCUUGCAGCAGUAUCGAUUCAGAUGAUAAAUGCGAAAAAUCUUUUAUGUUUAUGAAAUGUAUGUUCGAAGUCAAUCCCAUAGCAUUUAUUGCUCCGUGAUCACCAGAAAUACAGAUCGUGGAUCAUUACUAUCGUUAUUAUAAGAUAAAUUUAUGUUGGAAAUCCAUAUUUCAUAAAAAUAUAAUUAUUUAUGAAAAUGUGAAAUAUACGUUAGAAACAUAUCGACCAACGUUUUGUCUUGAAAACCGUUCACGCACGGCAAAA